AUGGAGUCGACGCCGCUGGUCGGGGACGUCGCCAAGCCGCCGGCGCCACGGCCGAAGCUCUCCAAGUACUCGUCCGUGCCCAACAUGGCCAAGCCGAGCCUCGUGACCCGCGCGGCCGACAUUCCCGAGUUCAAGCGCUUCCUCUCGGCGCCCAUUAGCGAGGACGGCGAGUACGGGCCGCCGUCGUCGAUCGACGAUUCGAUGCUGCACGAGCACUCGAUGAAGAGUCUGCCGAGGAACGAGUCGAGCCAAGGCGUGAGUGGCGCGACGCACGACGCGGCUGCGCCGGAAUUGCGCCCGCUGCCGCCGCCGUACCGCAGCCAGUCGCCCGAGUGGGACUAUGUCAUUGUGUUUCCCAACCCCGAGCUGCGCAUGCCCGUGAACGGCGAGACGCCGCCGAGUCCCGCGAGUGGCAGCGCCGGCGUCAUGAGCAUGAGCGACGUGCUCACCAAGCUGCGGCAGGCCGGCCUCGACACGCAGCUCUCCAAGUCGACGCCGCCGCCGUCCUCGACGGCCGCGACGACCAAGUACGUGCCGCCGUACGUGUACUGCAAGAUCCGCGCGACGCUCGAUCGCCUCAAGGCCGAGGCCGCCCGUGUGCACAUGGCGCUGCCGCUUGUCGAGAACCAGCUCGAGCGCAUGGCCAAGCAGGGUGAAGUGCGCUUCCACAUCGAGAGCCCAGAAGACCGCAUCGCCGAGAUGCAGCGCGAGGGCUUUGAGCCGCUGCCCGCGGAAAGCAAGCGGUCGACCACGCGCCGCACGUUCAAGAAGGUGCGGUACGAGCCCGGCCAAGACGUCGACGUCUUCGACCUCUUUGACGCGGGCGAGCUCGACGACCUCGCGGCCGAGGAGACGGGCGAGGCGCGCAACCCGUCGCACAACAAUGGCAACUCGUGGGUUGACCGCAUGACGCUGCUGCUGCGCAAGUUCAAGUACAAGCCGUACCAGUUCAUCCACAUGCACUACCACCACCAGGACAACAUCCAGUGUCUCUACCACUCGCCGCUCUUCCCGACGACGAAGCGCAUCCGGCUCCUCGAAAGCAUCAUGACGAGUCCAUUCGGCGCCGGCUUGGACCUCGCGUUGCUCCUCAAGACGGGCGCGAUCGCAGCCGCCUACCCGCUCCAUGAAGACGAGACGCGCCGCGAGAUCCGCGACAUGUGGAACUCGUCGCUUUGGCUCACGCACCAGCCGAUCGAAAUGACGCGCGAGUAUUUUGGGUGCCAAGUCGCGCUCUUCCUCGCGUACGUCGCGCAUAUGACCCGCUGGCUCCUGCUGCCGUCGGUCUUUGGGCUCUGCUUCCUCUUCAUGGGCAAGACGCCGCUCGUACCGCUCUUCGGGCUCUUCAUGGUGUGCUGGUCGACGCUCUUCCUCAAAAUGUGGAAGCGCAAGCUCGCGGUCCUCGGCAUGAAGUGGGGCAUGGCCGACUACCAUGCGCCCGAGCACGACAAGCCGUCGUUUGACGACGAGCGCAACUGGCACGUCCCAAAGGGCUCGACGUCGUCGCUCAUCUUUCGCCGCGUCGUCUCGAUGUUCGUGCUGCUGCUGCUGGUUGCGUGCGUCCUGGCGAGUGUCGGCGGGCUCUUCUACCUUCGGUACCACGCCGAGCUCUCGCCGGCCGCGAUGGCAUGGCACGUGCCGGGCAACUAUACGCUCGAGGUUGCGUUCCGCGGGGAGCUGCACCUCGUCGCGCUCCUCAACGUCGUCUCGAUCUACCUCUGGACGUACGUCUUCAACAAGCUGCACAUGACGCUCAACGACUACGAGGUGUACCACGCCGAGGCGACCGCGCAGCAAGCGUACAUCCUCAAAGCCAUGUUUUCCAUUUCGUCAACCACUUUGCCGGCCCCGUGCGUCCGCGUCCAGUACGCCGGCCCCGACAUUGAGGCCGUCGCCGAGCUCAAGACGUACAUGCUGUACCUCUACGGCGCGCAGCUCGUGGUCCACAACGUCUGGAUUGUCCUGCUGCCGUACGGCCGCCACCUCUUUUGCAAAACCAAGAAGCGCUGGCAAGCCCGCCGGCAUCUGAAUUCGCUCUUCAACGGCUCGUCCGUCAACGACGAGUUGGAGACGCUCCCGAUCUCGGGCUCGGUGGGCCUCCCGACGAAGCGGCUCGCGGUCGAAGUCCAGUUCCAACUGGCCGAUUACGGCUGGAAAGGGCUCUUCAACGACUACUUCCACAUGGUCGUCCAGUUUGGCUACGCGACGCUCUUCGUCGUCUCGUGCCCGUACCUCCCGCUCAUGGCGUGCGUGCACAACAUCGUGGCCAUCCGCGCCCACGGCGUGCACCUCACGACGCUCUUCCGGCGCCCAAGCCCGCGCUCGGCGCAGCAGAUCCGGCUCUGGACCUUCUUCCUCGAGCUCCUCUGCACGCUGGCCAUUGGCACGAACGCGUGGGCGAUCGUCGCCAAAGCCAAGCUCGCGCAAGCCGCGCUCGACACGUUCCAUAUGCCAGAAAUGUACUACGUGCAAGCGCGCUGGCUCUGCAUCGGGCUCCUCUUUCUUGUGCUCUACGGCCUCUCGUCCGUCUUUGGCGUCUGCAUCAACGACAUUCCGUCAAGAGUCCGCGUGCAGCUUGAGCGCCAGGAGUACUACGUGUCGAAAGUCCUGCACCUUGGGUACCGCUGGGACAAGGCGAUGCACGCCAUCAUCUUUGGCGGCAGCCAAGAAGACUUGGAAGAGCAGGAUGGGUACGGCUGGGACUAUGCGAUCGUGUUCCCCAACCCGGAGGUGCGCCGCCCGCCCAAGCUCCACCCGCUCACGGGCAAACUCGAGUCGUCGCUCUCGAUGCGGGACAUGCUGCUCAAGCUCCACAAGGCCGGGCUCCAAGUGCAGUUCUUUGAUUCGGCCGCGAUCGUGAGCUCGUACAUUCCGUCCAUGGUGCUCUGCAAGGUCCGCGCGAGCCGGCAGCGCCUCGAGAUCGAGGCCGACCGCAUCAAGAUGCCGAUGCUGCUCAACGCGCAGGAGAUGGAAGCGCAAGCCCGCGCCGGCGUCGUGCGCACGGUCUGGGGCCGCCUCGCCAAGCACAUUUCGGGCCUCGAGGCCGAGAUCGACACGAUCCACGUCGGCAAGCUCCUCGCCGAGAUGCUGCUGCUCAAGAAGCUCGCGACGCGCAAGCACCACGACGUGUCGCGGCCGAUCGAGUCGUGGUCGCAGCUGCUGCUCGAGCUCAACAUUGUCGUCGGCGCGAUGGCCGACAUGGACAAGUCGAUCAAGGUCGGGUUCCAGCACUUUAAGAUCGAGAACACGCAGUUCACCAAGCGGCAAGCCGCCACCGAGACGCUCGAGGGACAUAAAGACGCGCUCGAGGCGCUCGUGCAUCUCUCGAUGGACCCCAACAUGGAAGGCGUCCUCGACAAAGUGCCCUACGUGCUGCACAACAUGUCGGUGACGCUGACGCAAGCCGCGCGCGAGCUCGGCAUUCAGCUCACGCUCUUGCCGAUCAUCACCAAGCCCAAGUGGAACAUGGACAAGGCCGAGCGCGCCGAGACCGAGGCCGUCGAGAAGGAGCUCCGGACGACCAUGACGCACCUCACCAACGUCUACGGCGAGCUGCAGCCACUUCUGGCCAAGAUGGAGCACCUCUUGCAGCUGAGCUUGCCGCUGCCCGAGCUCUGGAGUCUCAGCGACCACCUCCGGCACGGCAAGGACCUCCCAUACUCGAACCCGAGCGUGUGGCUCAAGUCGGAACUCGACAUCUUCCUCGCGACGAUUCAGGACAUCGCCGCCGACGCGAACGAGCUCCGCGCCGAGAUGACGCCGCUCGCAACGACGUCGGACGCGCUGCUGCCGAUGCCGCAUCUCAUCACUGGGCUUUUGGAGGCGACGAUCGCCAACCCGCUCAUCGACAUUCAGCCGUUCCACGUCGAGAACCCGAACCCGGCCUUCCGGAGCCUCGCCAAGCGCUUCCGGUACGCGCCGUACGAGUACAUGCACAUGUCGUACCAGGCCAAGGACGAGCUGCAGCACUGGUACAUGCAGUACCCGGCGACCACCUCUGCGAGCGCGCCGCACCAGCUCUUUAGCAGCACGCAGCGCAUCACGCUGCUCGAGAGCAUCAUCACCGACUCGGAGACGGGCGCGGGGCUCAACUUGGAGCGACUCGUGCUCUCGGGGGCGAUCAAGGGCCACUUUCCGCUGCACGACGAGCACGCCAAGCGCGAGCUCUGGGCGCGCUGGAAGUGGUCGCUGCUGCAGCCGAUCGGCGACAUUCGGUCGUACUUUGGCGUCAAGAUCGCCUUGUACUUUGCGUACCUCGGACACUAUACGACGUGGCUGACGUUGUCGUCCGUCGCGGGCCUGAGCGUCGUCGUCGUCCAGGCCGUGCACAGCCACUACAACAUCUCCAAGUCGGAGCUCGAUUGGGUCAAGAUCUACUCGGUGCCAGUGUACGGCACGUUCAUCAUCAUUUGGGCGACGCUCUUUCUGAAGAACUGGGUCCGGAAGCAGUCGGUCUUUGCGCUGCAGUGGGGCAUGUCAGAGUACCACGAGGAAGAGCAGCUGCGGCCGCAGUUCCAAGGCGACCUCAUGCGCGAUCCGAUCACGGGCGCGCGCAUGCGCUACUUUAACGACGGCCAGCGGCGCCUCCGCCUCCUCUACUCGUGGUUCAUCCUCGCGAUCCUCAUCUGCAUCGUGCUUGUCUGCGUCGCCAUCAUCUUUUGGCUGCGCAUGCAUUUGCACAACAACCCGUUCUUCCAGUUUGGAACCGUCAACAUUGGCACCGAGGUCGCGGCCAUGGCCAACGUCAUCCAGAUCUUCAUGCUCUCGCAGCUCUACAACAAUGUGAGUGGGAGUCUCAACGAGUACGAGAACCACCGGACCGACACGGCGUACGAAAACCACUUUAUCGGCAAGGCCAUCGUCUUCCAGUUUGUCAACAACUUUGCGCUGCUCUUCUACGUGGCCUUUCUCAAGGAGAACUUUGAGGGCUGCCAAGAGAACGACUGCAUGGGCGAGCUCAAGAUCUCGCUCGUCUACGUCUAUGGCUCGCAGCUCGUCAUGGGCAACUGCCAAGAGCUCGUGGUGCCGCUCUUCUGGGCCCGCGUUGAGAAGGUCCAGCACGAGUGGGUCUCCAAGCAGGACAAGGACGAACCGGAAAUCUCGGCCGUCGAGACGCAGUUCUUCAUGCCCACGUACGGCUGGCGCGGGACGUUUGACGACUACCUCGAGAUGAUCAUCCAGUUUGGCUACUCGACCUUCUUUGUCAUCGCGUGCCCUUUCGCGCCCAUCAUGUCGUGCUUCAACAACUUUUUUGAGAUUCGCAUUGACGCGAGCAAGCUCAGCCGGUUCGCGCGCCGCCCGCGGCCCAGCGGCGCGUCGACCAUCGGCCAGUGGGUGCACGUGCUCGAGGUCUUUGUCUCGAUCGCGAUCGUCACGAACGCGUGGGUGAUUGUCUCGACGUCCGACCUCACCGACCUCGUGCUCCAGACGUUCCCGUCGCUCCAGAAGAGCUUGAGUACGCUCGGCGUCUUCUUUGGCGUUGCCGGCGGCCUCUUCACGCUGCGCUAUGCGAUCAACAGCAGCAUCGACGACAUGCCACGUCACGUGCGCGCGCAGCUCCGGCGCCAAAAGUUUGUCGUCGGCCAAAUCCUCUCGACGCACGAAGAAGUGAGCGCCCGCCGCAAGUCGAUCCAACGCGCAACAACGACAGCCGUCCUCUCCAAGGGCGCGCCCACGUCGACUGCGGCCUAGUGUAUAAACACAAUAAGAAACCAGUUUGCAUCGAAGACCGCGUUCAG